UCCCGCCUUUUCCGUCUCCCUCUGGCUCGCGCUCAGGGGUGGCGGCCCCUGUGCCUUUGAGCCCCGGGUUCUCAUGCUGCGGGGCCCGGGGAAAUGGAAAAAGAAAAGCCCUUUACACUGUUCGUGCCACCCAGGCUGAGCGGCGGCCAAGUGUCUGCCGUGAAGCCGCAGGCGAGCGCCCGGGACGAUGGAUCCCGUCAGGUAAAGACGGUUUUUAACAAGUGCACAGAAGAUUAUUUUAGUUUGCCUUUUGUAAUGACAAGUACACCAAGCCAUGGUGAAGUCACAGAUCCAGAUCCUGUUUCACAGAAAAUAAAUUUUUUGCCUGGGGUAGAAGAAGAGAAUAUAGAGACAAUGCAUGAGCUUUAUUCAAAACUCUACAAAGAGGCUGAAAAGAUCAAGAGGUGGAAACUGACAGUAGAAUCUGAACUGAAGCAGAAGGAGAGAAAACUGCAAGAAAAUAAAAAGAUUAUUGAAGCACAACGUAAAGCUAUUCAAGAGUUACAGUUUGAAAAUGAAAAACUAAGUUUGAAAUUGGAAGAUGAGAUAUGUGAAAAUAAAGAUCUUCUACAAGAAAACAGUGCAACAAGACAUCUGUGUAAUCUGCUCAAGGAAACCUGUGCUCGAUCCACAGAGAAGUCCAACAAAUAUGAACAUGAAAGAGAAGAAACCAGACAUCUAUAUAUGGCACUUAAUAAUAAUAUUGAGAGAAUGAUAUUGGCUUUUGAAGAACUUCGUGUGCAAGCAGAGAACUCCAGAUUGGAAAUGUGUUUUAAAUUAAAAGAAGCAGCAGAAAAAGUAGAACAGCUUGAAAAAGAAUACAAAAUGGAAAUAAAUGUCAAGGAAAAGCAGCUAUCAGUUUUGACUGUGCAAAGUGGUGAAAAAGACAAUAAAAUGAGAGACAUCACAGUUCAGUUGCAGGAAUCAAGGGAUAAGAUUAUUGAUUUAGAAGAAGCAACAGAACAACAAAAAGAAAUGUUAAAAGAAUCACAGAGCAAACAGAAACAUUUGAUGGGAGAACUGGAAGAAGCUAAAGUUUUGCUGCAAAAAACAGAGACUGCUCAGAAGAGUUUAGAAACCGAAUUACGGACUGCAAUGAAAACCUUAAUUGAAGUCACUGUAGAAAAAGAAGCACAAAUGGAAGAACUUAAAGAAACUAGGGCUUUGCAUGCCUCAGUGGUUGAAGAAUUUGAAAUUGCUGUUUCUAAUUUGAAAGAGUUGCUGAAAAGAGAACAAAAUAGAUUGAAGCAACUUGAAGAAGAGUCAGAAAUACUUGCCUCAGAGCUCCAAAAUAAAUCUGUUGAACUGGAAGAGAUGGCCAAACUAAAAAGUGACAAAGAAACACAACUUGAAGAUCUGACAGAAGCCUUGGAGAGGUCAAUAAAACUUCAAAAAGAUUUGGAGCAGCAGCUAGUGUGUGAACAAUCAGAAAAAAUGAUAUUAAUAAAAGAGAGAGAAAUUAGGGACUCUGACCACUCAGAGUUUAAGGAACAAGUUCAAGAACUUUUAUCUGCAAAGAAACAUCUUGAGAGCACUAUUGAAAAAUUACAAGAGAGAGAAAAAGAGAUGAAGGAUAUUCUUCAAAUCAGAGAGAAAGAAGUACAUGAUUUGGAAGUACAGUUAACUGGUGCCAUGGAAAAUGAGCAGAAUUGUUUAAAACAGAUUACAGCACUGAAUGCAGAGCUUGAAAAAGAGAUGCUGCAGAAUGAGGAACUAAAUAUGAAUUGCAAUAAGCUUUUAUUAGAAAAAGAACAAAUAGCACAAAAGAAAAGUGAUACUGUCACAGAGCUCAAGAAACUACAAGAAGUUCAUAAGGAUAACAGAAAGAAAGAAGAAAAGACUAAGAAGCUAAUAGAAAAUCUUGAAGAAACAAACGGCCAGCUAAGGGAAGAAAAAACAAAUAUAUAAUCUUUAAAUGACUUAGAGUCUCUGAAGGAGAAGAUGAAAAAGAAAGAUGAAGAGGCUAAAACUAAACUGGAUGAAAGUGAAGAAAAUACUAGAAACAUUGGAAGUGAAAUUUCAAGAAAGGAAAAGCAACUGAAGAUGCUAGAAAAUAAGUUUAACAAUUUAAAGAAACAGGUUGAAAAUAAAACCAAAUACAACGAAGAACUGCAGCAAGAGAAUAAAGUGUUGAAAAAGAAAAUUGCAGCAGAAAGCAAGCAAUCCAGUAUUUAUGAAGGGAAGGUGAAUACAUUACAACUAGAGCUCGAAAAUGUAAAUAGGCAACAUAAGGAAACAAUUGACAGCUACCAAAAAGAAAUCGAGGCAAAAAACAUAACAGAAGAAAAACUUCUUGAAAAGGUGGAAAAGAUGAGGUUAAUAGCUGAUGAAGCAGUAAUACUGCAGAAAGAAAUUGAUAUUCGAUGUCAGCACAAGAUAGCUGAAAUGGUAGCACUUAUGGAAAAACACAAGCAUCAAUAUGAUAAAAUGGUUGAAGAAAAAGAUACAGAAUUAGAACUCUGUAAGAUGAAAGAACAAGAACAAAUGUCAGUAAAAAGAUCCUUGGAAAUUGAGCUAUCUCAUGUGAAAAGUGAACUAUUAUCCCUUAAGGAGCAGCUUAAAAUAGAGGUUGAAGAGAAGGAAAACCUUGCAAGAGAAGCAAAAGAAAAUGCGGUUUCUGAAAAAGAAAAAAAGCAUAAGAAAAUACAAACAUCCUUUAUGGAGACUCCUAAAACCAGUUUAAAGAUUGCCUCUGCAUCAGUUAAUUCAAAAAAUAAUUCAUCCCAGAAUUUCACAUCUUUUAGAGAGAACAAAUUGGAAAACAAAGAAAUGUCUUCUUGGACACCUACUAAAAGUGUCUUGGUCACUCCAUCAUUAAAGACAUAUACUGUGAAGACUCCUCCAAAAUAUAAAUUGCAAAGAGAAAGCAUGAAUCCACUUUCAGAAGAAGACAUGAAGAAAAAAAGAAAAGUGCUUUUAGAGCUGGAUACUCACUCAGAUAGCUCAGAACACAAUGACCUCCUGAGCAUAGUCUCAGAGGAAGAAAUGUUUAAAAAGCUGUACAAAAAUUGUCCUCAAGCUUCUCGCUUAUGUGUCAUGACACCAAACAAGAUAUCAACUCUGUCAACCAUAAAAUCUACUGGUGCUGCACUGAAACUUACAGCUAUGAAAAAGAUGCGAGAGACUGGAUGGACUGCAGUUUCUAAAAUGGACAGGAAAAGAAAAAUGAAAGAAGCUGAAAAACUCUUUGCCUAAAAUUAAAACUGAGCAAUCAGUUAGGAAUUUUCUGUUCAUAUAAAAUCUUUUACAGUAGAAUUUAUUAAUCCUACACAGUUAGCACUUGCAGCAUAUUACUGGUUUAGGGCUAAAUCCUUGAAGUGCUAUGUUUGUGGAACUCCUGUUGAUUUCAUUGUGGUUACUUUGUUCCACCACAACUUCGUCCUCUGGAGGACUCUUCACAUUGGGUUUACACCAUCAUAAAACAACAUAAACCUGGGAAUAAAUUUGGCCCAUUUAUGUUUUGAAAAUUGAUAGGAAAAAAUAAUGUAUGGUGUGUUAAAAUGGAAAAAUAUGUUGCAAAAUUGUUUGAAGUCAUUUCAAUAACAUCCGUUUUUGUUCUUUUAAAGUUUACUGUCACUUUUGCAGUAUCUUAUCCAUAAGAGUAUUGUUUUAUUAUUAUUGAUAUUGUUGAACUACAUUCAUUUAAUUGAAUACUUAUAUUUGAAUUCACUUCUUUUUUGUUCUUUUGAUGUAUUCUUUACAAAUAUUCUUUUAAAGUAGUUGGUUGAGGCAUUAGCCUGGUUUUCAGUUUGUAACAGUAUUGAAACAUUUAAGUGUUGAACUUCUAACAAUAUUGAUUCAAAUCUUAUUUCUUUUGCUUUUUGGGAAUCUAGUUUUAUAAUAAAUGCCAUAUGUAAACUUGUUCUUUCAGAUUACUGAAAACACACUUUCCAAAUGUCAUUAAACGGUUAAUCUGAAAAAAGUUCGAGAAAGUGUUAGGCUAAAUAACAAGGAGUCCGGUGGCACCUUAAAGACUAACAGAUUUAUUUGGGCAUAAG